CGUCCCCUCCCCCACCCCCAAACCCUUCCCCGAUGGCCGCCGCCGCCGCCGCUCUCCGCCGGGCCCUCGCGCCGGCACCGGCGCUCCUCCUCCGCCGCCAGGCCCUCGUGCGCCUCCUCUCCACGCAGGCCCAGUCCUCCACCGCCCCCACCAUCAGCCCCGCCGAGCUCGUCCGCAUCAAGAACUCCAUCCGCAGCGCCGCCACGCCGCCCGACGAGCUCGCCGCCCUCUUCCUGAAAGGCAUCCCGCACCCGCCCUUCCUCGGCGACCGCUCCAUCUUCUCCCUCGCCGUCUCCCGCCUCACCGCCGCCGCCCGCCCCGACCUCGUCUCCUCCGUGCUCUCCGCCUCCCUCACCGCCCUCCCGGCGCCGCACCCCUCCGAGGGCUUCCUCAUCCGCCUCAUCGCGCUCUACGCCGCCGCCGGCAUGCCCACCCACUCCCUCUCCACCUUCCGCCUCGUCGUGCCCCCCUCCGACCGCGCCCUCUCCGCCCUCCUCGGCGCCUACCACUACGCCGGCCAGCCCGCCCGCGCCAUCGAGGCCUUCCGCGACCUCCCAGCCGAGCUCUCCAUCACGCCGGGCGUCGUGUCCCACAACGUGCUCCUCAAGUGCAUGGUCGCCACGGGGGACGUCGCCGGCGCCCGCCAGGUGUUCGACGGAAUGCCCGACAAGGCCGGCGUGCAGCCGGACAUAGUCUCCUGCAACGAGAUGCUCAAGGGGUACCUCAAGACAGGUGACCAUGCCGCGUUCGACCUGCUGCUCAAGGAGGUCACUGGCGGCAAGAGGCGGCUCAAGCCCAACGUCACCACCUACAAGCUCCGAAUGUCCGCCCUCUGCGCCAAGGGCAGGAGCUUCAAGGCCGAGGAGCUGCUGGACGCCAUGGGCGCCAACCGCGUCCCACCUAACCGGGAGUGCUUCAACACUGUCAUCGGCGGGCUCUGCAAGGAGGGAGAGGUGGGCGCUGCGGUGGCGCUGUUCAAGAGGAUGCCGGAGGUGCCCAGACACAACGGGAAAGGUGUGUCGCCCAACUUCGAGACCUAUAUCAUGUUGAUCGAGGCGCUGGUCGAAAGCAACGCGUUUGUCCCUGCCCUGGAGUUGUGCAAGGAGUGCCUGGCCAAGAAGUGGGCGCCGCCGUUCCAGGCUGUCAAGGGUCUGAUCCAAGGGUUGGUGAAGAGCAGGAAGGUGAAGCAUGCCAAGGAGCUCGGCAUGGCGAUGAAGAAGGCCGCCAAGGGUGAUGCCAAGGAGGAGUGGGAGAAGGUUGAGGCGGACGCCUUCCAGCUCGCGCUCGCCGAGAUGAAAGCGUAACUCACCACCCGCUUGGGACAGUAUGUUGUCGCCUGUAAGCGGGUGAUAAGUUAUUGCUCUCUUCUUUCACUUGAAAUCUAUUAGAUGUUCGUGUUUCUUCAUGUGCUUGUGGCCGCUUGACUCUAGCAGUUCCUUUGGUUCAGGACACAAGAUAGAUCUUUUCUCAUAUAAGGUAUUUGCAUUUCAUACUACUGGGAGCUUUGUUGUCGCCUCCCCUGUAGGUGGGCAUUAAACUUCAGUUACCAGAUGCAGUUUGUACCACUUCUUUAUUAUCACAAUUCAUCUCUUGGUGCUUUA